AUGUCAUCAGAAUUUGUGGAGUCACAACAGCAACGUCAAACAUCAUCCGUUGGUCCUGAUGGCGAUUCACAGACCCAAGCCAGCGCGGACGCAAUUGCGACACCGGCCGCCGCGGACGACCUGGAGGCGGACGACAAAGAAGACGAUAUCAAGAAGGAGGAAGGGGAAUUCAGCCGAGAAGAGGAAAUUGAGAAGCUGAGGACGUCCGGUUCAAUGACCCAGAAUCCGGCUGAGAUUUCCCGCAUUAGAAACAUAUCAAAGGUUCAAUUUGGUCGGAACGAUCUCUUCCCCUGGUAUUUCUCUCCGUAUCCUGAAGUCUUCAGCCAAGAAGAUGUCAUUUUCAUAUGCGAGUUUUGUCUCAGCUACUACGGAGAUGAGGUAGCCUUCUUGCGACACCGGAAGAAGUGUACGUUGCAACAUCCUCCUGGAAAUGAGAUAUACCGCGAUGACUAUGUUUCAUUUUUUGAGAUUGACGGCCGCCGACAGCGGACUUGGUGCAGAAAUCUCUGUCUGUUGUCCAAGAUGUUUUUAGAUCACAAGACAUUGUAUUAUGACGUCGAUCCCUUUUUGUUCUAUGUGAUGGCUAGUCGAACCGACAAGGGCUGUCACAUUGUUGGGUAUUUUUCAAAGGAAAAAGAGAGCGCAGACGGAUAUAAUGUUGCGUGUAUCCUCACGUUACCUCAGUAUCAACGAAAAGGAUACGGCCGACUUUUGAUUCAAUUUUCAUACGAACUCUCUAGGAUCGAAGGGAAGCUAGGAUCACCUGAGAAACCACUUUCUGACUUAGGUUUACUGAGCUACCGCCAGUAUUGGUCAGAAAAUAUCCUCGAUCUAUUAAUGGGGUAUAAUGAGAGAGACGACAAGGUCACGAUUGAAGCUAUAUCCUCUGCUCUCGCAAUGACCACUCAAGAUGUGGAACAUACACUUCAAGCUAUGAAAAUGCAGGUCUACCAUAAGAGUGAUCAUAAGAUUGUUAUACCAGAUAAUCUCAUCCAACAGAGAGAGAAGCAGAAGCUGAAAGUGAGACGAGUGCUUGAACCUGGGCGGAUACAGUGGAAGCCACCAAUUUUCACAGCGUCAAGUCGGACGUGGGGUUGGUGA